AUGGUGAAUGGAUUUACACCAUUGUAUAUGGCAGCCCAGGAAAAUCACCUGGAAGUCGUCAAGUUUCUUCUGGAUAAUGGCGCGAGUCAGAGCCUGGCCACAGAGGACGGAUUCACACCCUUGGCGGUAGCUCUACAACAGGGCCACGACCAAGUGGUUUCGUUACUGCUUGAAAACGACACAAAAGGAAAAGUCCGGCUUCCCGCGCUCCAUAUAGCGGCUCGAAAAGACGACACGAAGGCUGCCGCCCUCCUGCUGCAGAAUGACAGUAAUGCCGACGUAGAAUCAAAGAUGGUGGUGAAUAGGACAACCGAGAGUGGCUUCACCCCGCUUCACAUUGCUGCCCACUAUGGAAAUAUCAACGUAGCCACGUUGCUGUUAAACCGAGGUGCUGCUGUAGACUUCACUGCAAGGAAUGACAUCACGCCCUUACACGUGGCAUCAAAACGAGGAAAUGCCAACAUGGUGAAAUUGCUGCUUGAUCGGGGAGCCAAGAUUGAUGCCAAAACAAGGGACGGGUUGACCCCUCUCCACUGUGGAGCAAGGAGCGGUCAUGAGCAGGUGGUGGAAAUGCUCUUGGAUCGAGCCGCCCCGAUCCUCUCCAAAACCAAGAAUGGAUUAUCUCCAUUGCAUAUGGCGACACAAGGGGACCACCUAAACUGUGUCCAGCUUCUCCUCCAACAUAACGUGCCUGUGGAUGACGUCACUAAUGACUACUUGACUGCCCUGCACGUUGCUGCCCACUGUGGCCACUACAAAGUUGCCAAGAUUCUCUUGGACAAGAAAGCUAACCCUAAUGCCAAAGCACUGAAUGGUUUCACACCCCUUCAUAUCGCCUGUAAGAAGAACCGAAUUAAAGUUAUGGAACUUCUCCUGAAACAUGGCGCAUCCAUCCAAGCUGUAACGGAGUCGGGCCUCACCCCAAUCCAUGUGGCUGCUUUCAUGGGGCACGCAAAUAUCGUAUCUCAGCUCAUGCAUCACGGAGCAUCGCCAAACACAACUAACGUGAGAGGAGAGACAGCUCUGCAUAUGGCAGCCCGUGCCGGCCAAUCUGAAGUUGUGAGGUAUCUGGUCCAAAAUGGAGCCCAGGUAGAAGCUAAAGCAAAGGAUGACCAGACGCCGCUCCACAUUUCAGCUCGGCUGGGAAAGGCCGACAUCGUCCAGCAGCUUCUGCAACAAGGAGCCUCUCCGAACGCGGCCACCACCUCUGGGUACACCCCGCUGCACCUCUCAGCCCGAGAGGGGCACGAGGACGUUGCCUCGGUUCUUUUGGACAACGGUGCAUCCUUGGCCAUAACAACAAAGAAAGGAUUCACCCCCCUCCAUGUGGCUGCAAAGUAUGGAAAGCUGGAAGUAGCCAAUCUCUUGCUUCAGAAAAACGCAUCUCCAGAUGCUGCUGGGAAGAGUGGUUUAACUCCAUUGCAUGUGGCUGCCCACUAUGAUAACCAGAAAGUGGCCCUGCUUCUCUUGGACCAAGGCGCCUCACCCCACGCAGCUGCAAAGAUUCUGGAGGAAACAAAGACUUAGAUGACUGUCUGGGACAGGAUUUGAACCCAUGUCUUCUGACUCCUGAGCCAGAGCCCUUUCAUCUUGCCAUCGCUACCUGUUGUUUUCUAUUAAAGAGCCCUAACUUUGACCAUACACAUACUUUUUCAAGCGAGCUUCUCAGAUGACCGAUGAAAGAAAAUGUUUCCCAUCAUCUCCCAAACUGCUGACUUCAUGCACAGUCCAUUUAAAAUGGGUCUAAUCUAAUAUCACGAGGCCUGCAUCACGGAGCUCCUCGCCUUUGUCAGCUGCUUCCAGAGGGGCCAGCUAGGGCGGUGAGCUCUAGGACUCUACGGAAAGGGCAGAGCCUCGUCGGCCUCAUCUCUGCCUUGUAGGGGAUGGACUUGGGCCCAACCCUUUGGCUUGAAAGACCCUCAAUAAUUGAUGCUUCUCUCAGGCUCUUGAGCUUGUAAUUCAUUUUCCUCACUAAAGACUUGGAAAGUAGAUAGUAAUAAGAAUCCUAGCUUUUAUAUUGCCCCUCCACCAUUAGACAGGGAACUCUUGAGGGACCACCGUGAGCUGAUCAGUAAACAUUUAGUGAGGGCUGCACUAUGUGCCAGGCACUGUGCUAACUGUCAGGGGCCGUCUUUAGCCC